AUGCUCCUCCUCCCCCUCACCCUCCUCACAACCAGUGCGCUGGCCGCACCCGCCCUCCUCCACGAACGCUUCCUCGCCGCGCAGCAUGCUCCCACCCUCCAAAAGCGCUUCACCUUCCCCCUCCCCACCUCAACCGGCAGCGUAACCUUUGACGCUCCCCACGAAAUCGGCGCUGGUGAAGUCUACGACGGCGGACUACAGACCUUCGGCCGCGGCGUCGAGUGCAGCGGACAGAGCGAGGGCGGAGAAGACGACGCAGUCUUUGUCCUGCAGGAGGGCGCGACGCUGCGGAAUGCGAUUAUCGGGCCUGAUCAGAUCGAGGGCGUUUAUUGUUUGGGGACCUGUACGAUUGAGAAUGUGUGGUGGGAGAAGGUUUGCGAGGAUGCGCUGUCGCUCAAGGAGGGGAGUGGGCCGUAUAAUGUCAUUGGGGGUGGGGCGCAGGGGGCGGAGGAUAAGGUUAUUCAGCACAACUCUGGAGGCGAAGUCAUCAUCGACGGCUUCACCGUUUACGACUUUGGAAAGCUCUACCGCUCGUGCGGUACAUGCGGGGACAUCGCGCGGUCCGCGACAAUCAGAAAUGUUGUAGCCGUACAGGGCAGCACGAUCGCAGGUGCGAACGGAAACUUUGGCGACGUGGUGACGAUUGAGUCCUCCACGUGCGCUACGGACGUGAGCGCCAUCUGCACAACCUAUGAGUCUGAUGCCGGUGGCGGCGAGCCUGAGGAGGUGUCUGAGAGCCCCACUGAGGCGUGUGUCUUCUCUGAACUUCCUGCUUGUGGCGAUUCUGCUGUUGGUGCGCCCUCGACUGGUGGUGGUUCGGGGACUCCGGUGGAGGGGUCCACUCCUAGCUCGACGCCCAGUGCGGUUCCGAGUGCGACGGCGCCUGAAACUCCAGAGGAAACGUCUAGUGAAGGUGAUGAUGAUGAGGAUGAGGAACAAGAGGGGUCGGCUGAAGAAGAUGAGGAUGAGGAGGAGGAGGCGGAGGAGGAGGAAGAGUCCACGGAGGAACAAGAGGAAGACGAAGAGAGCGACGAUGCUGAAGAUGCCGAGAAUGAUGAGGAUGAUCAGGAUCAAGAAGGCGAUGAUGAAGAUGAAGAACAAGAUGAGAAUGAAGACGAAGACCAGGCUGAAGAUGAGGAAGGCGAGGAUGAGGGCGAUGAGAGGAGUGAGGAGUGGAGCUGGCACAACUGGGGCUGGUGGUAG